CUCCUCUCUUCUUUUUUUUUUUUACUCUCUUUUUCAUUCUCGUAGCUAUGGGCUUCUUACUUCUGAUUCGACUGUCAACUUGCAUGUAUCUCAUUACAUCAAUUGUAACUCCACUUGAGACAAUGAAUGUUACUGCACGCUUUUUAUCGCUUUUAAUACCCUUAGCACAUGUAACUCAUCCUUCUGAUAUCUUGCCGAAUUUGCUCAAGAGUACUGUCCUUUUGGCAAGAUUUGUGGUACUAUAUACUGUUUUAGGUUUAGAGGCUCUAUUCGCGCCAUUCAAACGUAAUGCCAUCACUAAGCCUAAUAUGAACUCAUCGACAAAGAAAGUCAUGAAUCAAGUUACUCUUGCUAAACCAGUCUUUGAAGACAAGGAUGUAAAUGAAAUUCAAGAAACUCUUGCAUCAAAAGGUCAAUUCAUAGAAAAAGAAAAUUUGAAGGACAAUGGAAAAGUCAAGAAUAAUGAUGACCAAGUGAACACAAGUAUUCAUAUGAAAGAGCAAGAAAAGAAGGAGGAGCCUGUAGAAAGAGACCAAGUAUCUGCUAGUGUUGUACAGCCUGCAUCUACGGAGUCAAUAGUUCCGUAUCAUAUUGAGACGAUCACUCCUGACAUCAAGAAAGAAUCUGACAAUACAUUCUCUAAGGUUGAACACAAUGAUACCAAUUCAUUGAUUCCUAAUAAUUACAGUCAUGACAAGAACAACAAUAGCAACAGUCAGAGUGCUAUCUCAUUAUCUGAGAAGUUACAGCAGAUUCUUGAUCAACCUCACACACCAUCACCUGACAACCAUGAAGAGCCCAUGUCCCUGCCCACACCUGCUCUCACUCCACCCAAUCAAUCUUCUGCUGCUCCUUCGAGUGUCUCACGUCGAAGCAGUAUGAACAGCCAACAUUCUAUCAAGAACAGAUUUUCUGCAGCCAUGCAAAAGGUCGCUAGUCGAUCCUCUUCUAUCUCAGGCACUCGACCUCCUGUUCCUCCAUUACCAGUCCAGACAAUGAAGAACAACGAUUCAGCUAUUGAGACUUCUCCAAACAAGAAACGGUUCUCUACUUUAUUGACACGUAAAAAGACACCCGAAACAGAACCUGUCAGUAUUGAACAAACUCCUAAUAUGAAGCCUAAACGAUCUGUUUCAACAAAGUUACAAAAUGGAUUCAAAAAGUCUGGUAAAAGACUUGCCAAGAUCUUUUCUUGAUUGUAUAUAUACAUAUCUUCUUUCUUUAAUUUUGCACAUAGUU